AUGUCUCUGUCCCUCUCGGCGCGAAGCGAUAGAAUGAUAUGGGGAUACACUUCGAACGGUACUUUCUCGACACGGUCGACUUACGAAGCGUUGUCGCGAGGGGCUAUGCACAAUGUCUGGCCGGUGUGGAACGCCAUAUGGAAAGCGCCAGUAGCACAACGAGUUCGUCACUUUUUAUGGUUGGCCUGCAGGGAUCGUUUGCUAACUAAUUUGGAGCGGGUUCGUCGGCAUAUGGCGGAGGACGCAGCGUGCAUAAAGUGUGGAUUGCCGGAGUCCACGACACAUGUCCUCCGCGAUUGUGAGAUGGCACGGAGUAUUUGGGUGGAGCUCGUUCCGAGAGAUUAUUGGCCAGUUUUCUUCUCCCAGGACGUUUCUCUGUGGUUGUGGAUUAAAGUUAACACGGACGGCGCGCUGUGUACAGCUUCCGGCAGGGGUAGUGCAGGAGGACUAGCCCGCGAUACUUAUGGUAGAUGGCUUGGCGGAUUCCUUAUGAAUGUGGGCUUUUGUUCGAUCACUGGGGCGCAACUAUGGGGUCUUUACCGUGGCCUUCAACUGGCCUGGGGGUUGGGUGCGCGGCACGUGUUAAUGGAAGUGGACAACAGUAGUGUCGUGGCCAUGGUCUCGGGGACUGAGGUAAACCUUGAUCUUCAUGAAACCAUUAUUCAAGCUAUUCGGGAGUUACUUAAGAAGGAGUGGUAUGUUCGCUUGGCUCAUAUCUAUAGGGAAGGUAAUUUCUCGGCCGACAAGUUGGCGUCGUUGGCUGCUGGGGUUUCAGUUGGGUUUCAUCGUCUCAUGGAUCCGCUGCCGAAGCUUGGACAUUGGCUGAACUAUGAUCUUUUAGGGGUGGCCCGGCCACGCCGUGUGUUGAUUUAG